GUCCUUGGAAAUUUGGAAUCGCUUCUACUUCACUCACCGUCUUUCCUAUUCUCUUCUCUCUUCUCUCUCUCUCUCUUUCUCUUUCUUUCUCUGUCAAGUUAGCUUAGCCAUCUCACCAUAAAGCUAAACCUUACAUCACCAAUCAAAUCCCCAACAAACAUUGUUACAGUAAAUCCCAAAUUCACAAAGCCGUAGUUUCUACACAAAUUAUUCAUUCCCUGUGAUUGUGAUCCCACAAGUUUUAAGAAACAGAGGAAGGAAAAAAAAAAAAAACUAAAUGGAAACGGAGAUAUCGGGAACGGAUAAUUCGGCAAUGACCUUCGACGAGGUCUCCAUGGAACGCAGCAAGAGCUUCGUUAAGGCAUUGCAGGAGCUCAAGAACUUGAGGCCUCAGCUUUACUCAGCUGCUGAUUACUGUGAAAAAUCUUACCUUCAUAGCGAGCAGAAGCAAAUGGUAUUGGACAAUUUGAAGGACUACACAGUCAAGGCUUUAAUUAAUGCUGUUGAUCACCUUGGAACUGUUGCUUCCAAGCUUACUGAUCUAUUUGAUCAGCAAAAUUCAGACAUUUCAACUAUGGUGUUGAGAGCUUCUUGUGUUAGCCAGCAACUGCUUACAUGCCGGACAUAUAUCGACAAAGAAGGUCUUAGACAGCAACAGCUAUUAGCAGUUAUCCCAUUGCAUCACAAGCAUUACAUUCUACCCAAUUCUGUUAACAAGCGGGUACACUUUAGUCCUCUCAGACGAACUGACACAAGACAGAAUCAUUACCAAGCUAUAUCCCGUCUUCAACCUUCAGAUGCCCCUGCAUCAAAAUCACUCUCCUGGCAUUUAGGCUCAGAGACCAAGUCUACCCUAAAAGGAACAUCCACAGUUGCGCCAAGCUCCAAAGAUUCAAAAGCUUUCACAAAGACAUCUGGAGUUUUUCAUCUAUUAGGUGAUGAAGAAAACAAUACAAACAAGAAGCCUUUGGCUGGUUCUCAGGUCUCAGGUGUUCCUGCAGUAUCCACCGUCACAAAGCAGGCAUACGGUGUUGCCCAUAAGGAUUUGGAGGUUCCCAAACUUGUGGCAGCACACAAGUCACUUGACAACAACCAACGACGAGAGAUCAUUCAAGCUCCUGUCCGGACAAAGAGUGUUCUUUCCGCGUUCUUCGUCAAACAGAAAACACCAAAGCUCAAAGCUGGUUAUGUCUCGUGAAAACACCAACUCUUUGUACUGAGACGGAAACUUCAAUCUUAUUAUAUCACGUGUCUUUUAUCUUGAUAACAUGUUGAUUUUCAUGUAAUUAUCUUAAUCACCAGUUUCACCACAUCAACGUACCAAGUCCAGCAAUUGGUCUGUCGUUAACAAUAACUGUGUAAUCAAUUUAAGCAUAAUAAAGAUUUCUA